AUGGCCAACCUUCCGGAGAAGAACCAAGAUGGCAAACUUGCUCACGAAGAAGAGGAUCCCACUUUGGAAAAGCACAAUGUCGUCGAGACAAGAGUCGUCAUGGGAGAUGAAGCCUUCCAGCAGGCAAUGCUGAAGGAGCCACCCAUUCCUUGGAACGCUAUAGCAAUUCAGCUCUACCUUAUCUCUCUUAUUGGAUUCUGCUGCUCAACUUCCAAUGGGUACGACAGUUCGCUUUUUGGCAACUUGCUCAACAACAAAGCCUUUAAGGAUUUUUUUCACGUUAAGAACGUGGGUAUCUGGGCUGGGAUUGUGACAUCUAUGAAUCAAAUCGGCGGUAUUGCCGCCCUACCUUUCGUUGGCCCGGCCAUCGACACCUUUGGUAGAAGAAUUGGCAUGAUUAUUGGCGGUGUUACCAUCACACUCGGUGUUAUUCUCCAAGGAACCUGCGUUUCAAAUCGUAGCAUCGGCCAAUUCAUGGGCGGACGGUUUUUUAUGGGCAUGGGCAUCACUCUCAUUGCCUCAGCAGGGCCUUGUUACGUGAUCGAAGUGUCUCAUCCAGCUUAUCGUGGUGUUGUGACCGGACUCUACAAUGUAUUUUGGCCGGUUGGUGCGAUCGUGGCAAGCGGUGCAAGCCGCGGGAGCCAUGACAUGCCCUCGCCCAUCACAUGGACCCUCCCUGUUUGGCUUCAAAUGCUAUUUCCUGGCAUAGUCGUUGUAGGUGCCCUGUUCAUCCCGGAAUCACCUCGCUGGCUGUAUACGAAUGGUAAAAUGGACCAAGCAAGGGCGUUCCUAGUAAAGUACCACGGAAAUGGGAACCCCAACAGCGAGUGGGUUACGCUUCAAAUGAACGAAUAUGAGCAAUAUUUGGAGCUAGAAGGUGCGGAUAAGCGCUGGUGGGAUUACCGUGCAUUGUUCAAGGACAGAGCUUCCCGAUAUCGCCUUAUGACCAACUGUCUUACGGCUCUCUUUGGCCAAUGGGCCGGCAACGGUGUUGUUUCAUACUUUCUAAGUGCCGUCCUCGACACGGCUGGCAUUAAAGACUCAGUCACACAGGGAAAUCUCUUCGUUGCCAUGAACGCCGUCCAGAUCAUAAUAUCAGGCAUUGGAAGCUUGUUCGUUGACAAAAUUGGACGUCGCCCUAUGCUCUUCUGGGUCAACGUGGGCUGCUGUAUUUGCUGGAUCGGCGUUUCUGCCGCCGCCGGAAUUCAAGAUAAGACUGGAUCGAAGGCAUCCAGUGUCGCCACGGUCGCGAUGAUUUACAUUUUCCAGGCCGUAUAUUCCUUUGGCUGGACCCCGCUGCAAGCUCUGUAUCCUGUUGAAGUCCUGUCAUUUGAGAUGCGCGCAAAGGGAAUGGCAUUUUCGAGCUUAUUCGUCAAUUUUGGGACUCUUGUCAACCAAUUCGGGUUUCCUGUGGCCUUGGAGAAAAUUAAGUGGAAGACUUAUCUUGUCUUCAUGGUGUGGUGUGCAGUCCAGGCUGGCAUUAUAUGGGUGCUUAUGCCAGAGACAAAGAACCGAACCCUCGAGGAACUUGAUGAUAUCUUCCGCGCCAAGGACCCCCGCAAAGCAUCAACGGAGAAGAAGAAGCUCGAGUUGGAUGCGAAUGCAAACAUUCUUGCUGUUGGCCGUGAUAACGAAGUGGAUUAG